GGAAUCAUUCGUUAUAUUCUUUCCAUCUGUAACAAAACGUACUACAAUGUUGCCUUUCACAAAAUAUGGACAACCCACAGACGUUCAAUAUCAUCAAUUCUGAUCGUGGUUCACACCAACUUUAUUAUGAAAGAGUAGAUUCAUGCUCAAUUUGGCGAAAGUGUCUACAGUAUCGUCACCGUGUCAAGGAUUUGAAAGUCUUGAACCCGUACCGUGAGAAAAUACUUCAAAUGCCACGUUUCCUACGAAAACUGCGUUGUCGUAAUCCUGGUGGUAUUCAUAGCAAACAGGCGUCACCAUUCAGUGACACCAGGAAGAGUUCCCAAGACCCUAUCACAUCCGUUAAGGGCGCGGGGACAUCAAGCGCCGGAGACCAACUCCUCGCACCAAAUCCACUCUUACCUACACAGCUCUCUCCUAAGAUUCUCGACUCAGCUCCACAAAAGGUAUGUGUAGAGGCUUCAAAAUGCGAAACAAUACUUGGGGAGCCUGCAACAGGAAAAAUUCUGUCUCCUGAAUAUAAUGCAAACUAUAAUCCACAUCGACCAUACACACCAUCAAACUCAAACCCAAACCACGAAAUUGGUAUGGCUUUAACCACGACACAAACAAUAUUGAACUAUUCAAGUUCCCAACAAGCCAUUCGAAACGACAACGUCCAAAAGAGAAGCAACAGGGAAGACCAUGGUAGUGUCAGAUCCAAUGGUAGGUCUUCUUGGGGGAUUCUGCAGAUUGGAGAGGAAACGAAAGGCACCGGACUUGUAGACAUAUCUACAUUAAUAUCACCAUAUCCUCAGCCGAAGAGAAAACUCGUUACCCACAGGAUUCCUGCAGAUGAAGUUGAGCACCAUCCUUUGCCACAGUCAGCUUCGACAAAGAACUUGGUUCAAUUAUUGGAGAUCGAGGCUUCUUGGCAGGAGCAGGAGAAGGAGGAAAUGGAAAAGAUAACACAUCACACUGUGAAUUCACGAAAACCUAGAACACCAAGGGAUUCUAGAAGGUGUGGACAAGUUUGGAAUAGUGAGGAAACGAGGAAGAGUUUCCUUGCGAUAGAAGCUCUUGAUACACCCGCUUUAGGAUUGAGACUCGCUUGAGUCAUUUCAUAUUGUAUAAGUAAAAGAAUUUGUACAUUAGAUUGUCA